UUAGUCUUAAAAAAAAAAAAAACAUUUUCUUUUCCUGUUGGUGUCGGCUGAUACAGAGAGAAUACAAUUGGAGGGAAUGGAUUUUGAGCGGUCAAGUCUCUCUCCUUCUCCCUCUCGCUCAACAAUUUAUUGAUGGAUGUAUAAACACAUGCUCCUGCUCCUGCUCCUGCUCGUAUUUAGCUUCAAGAACAGGAGUGCGCUCGUUAAGUGAAUCUUCCUCUUUCUCCUCUGUGUGCGUAGCUUAACCCACCACUCAAAACACAGACAUAAAUAAAUAAAAAAACAAAAAAAAACUGAUAUAUAUAUAUAUAUAGUUAUUUAUUUUUGUUAAUGAUCCAUGUCAAAGAUGAAGCAUCUACUAAGAAAGCUCCACAUCGGUGACCAUCACAACCGAUUAGGUGGCGAGACCCGACCCGUUUCGAGUUCAAGUACCAGUGCCAGUACGACUCCGAGUCCGUCAGAUGGAAGAAUCGAGGCCGUUGAGUCCGCGGCAGUGGAUCGGACGGACGUGGAAGCGAUUAGUGGUACUGAUAGUACUGGAAUUGAUUUUAAUUUACUAGAGGAGGAAUUCCAAAUGCAAUUGGCCUUGGCGAUUAGUGCUUCGGAUCCGGAUUCGAUUCAGGAUGCGGAAUCUGCUCAGAUCGAUGCUGCUAAGCGGAUUAGUCUACGGAGCAGUCCCGUGGUCCCGGUUAAUGAUGCUGAUUCUCUUGCCGAAUCUCUCUCACUCAGAUAUGGGAGCUAUAGUGUUGUAAAUUAUAAUGAAAAAGUGAUGGAUGGCUUUUAUGAUGUUUGCGGCGUUACCUCAAACUCGGUCAUUCAAGGGAACAUGCCAUUUUUAGCGGAUCUUCAAGCAAUAUCAGUUUCUGAUGAUGUUGAUUAUGAAGUGAUCAUGGUAAACCGCUUUGUUGAUGCUGAACUGCGAGAGCUUGAGAAAAGAGCUUAUAUCAUGUCCCUGGAAAGCAGAUUCUCUGAUGGCUUGGUUUCAAGUGGCUUGAUCCAGAAAAUUGCUGAUGUUGUUGUUGAUAGAAUGGGUGGUCCUGUAAGUGAUGCUGAUGAGAUGUCAAGCAGGUGGAAGAGGCGCAGCAAAGAGCUACAGAAUGCUCUGAACUCUAUCAUCCUACCCCUUGGUUGUCUUGAUGUUGGACUUUCUCGCCACAGGGCCCUGCUCUUUAAGGUGAUAGCUGAUAGGAUUAAUCUCCCGUGUAUGCUGGUUAAAGGAAGCUACUAUACUGGCACUGAUGAUGGAGCUGUAAAUUUGAUUAAGAUUGAUGAUGGAAGUGAAUACAUUAUUGAUCUGAUGGGUGCUCCUGGCACACUAAUUCCUCCUGAGGUGCCCAGCAGCCAUCUCCCAACUGCUGGAUUUGACAUAAGUGGUUUCGCCAGUCUUACAGAAACCCCUGAAGAUUCAACUCCAUUGAUGGAUCAAGGUUAUGGGAUUCUUGCAUUUUCACCUAAUAAUCUGGAUGUGAUUCCCCAAGCUGGCACCUCAACAUCAGGGCAAGGAUUAUUUGUCAGCAUCAAAACAAAUGAGGAUGGUGUGAACUUGGUUGAGAAAAAUCAAAUUGAAAGAUUUGAACAUGAUUUUGGGAAGCUUAGCUUAUCAGGCACUGAAAAACCUUCAUCUGCACAAAAAAAUAGAGUUAAAAAUGUUUCCAAGUAUGUCAUCAGUGCAGCAAAGAAUCCAGAUUUUGCUCAAAAAUUACAUGCUGUGUUGUUAGAGAGUGGGGCAUCACCUCCUCCUAAUUUGUUUUCAGACAUGAACCUGGGUGAACCAAAGCUGCUUGAAAAGGUUCAUCCAGAAAACGGGGUCAAUCUUGACGAUCGGCUUCGCUGUUGUUUAGAUGACAUGUUGACAGGGCGUGAACAGUCGCUUGCAUCUUUAACUAGGGAUGAUACUUUAAAAAAUGUUAGGUGUGAUUGUGAACAAGAACAAUUUGCUGAGGGCUCAGUGGAUGAACUAAGAAGAUUGAUGAAUGUCUUUAAUUCUGAUCCAUCUCUCCCUUCUGAUGUUACAAGUGAAGGAUUUGUGCUUGUUGAUAAUAGAACAAACGAAAAAUUGCAAACAGAUAGCACUGUUGUGGACAUGGUGUCUAUUAAUGCACCUGGAAUGGCUGGAAGUUCUAUGCAUGAGAAUCCACUUCAUGCAUUUUCCUUGCUCUCUGCAUUGGAGCCUUGCCAAUUACAACCUGAACAUGCCUUGGUCAGUAGUGACAACCAGUGCUUUCAGGAGAACAUGGGAAGGAUUUUAAGCAUGGAUGCAGGCAAAGAAUCUGCUUUGAAAUUGAUUGAAACAGCAAACAGUGGUCAGCAUAUUUCUUGCUGUGGUCACAGUGAGAGAAUUAACCCUAUGCUGGGGGAGGUAGCAGAAUGGGAAAUUCCAUGGGAGGAUCUUGAGAUUGGUGAGCGUAUAGGCAUCGGUUCAUACGGCGAGGUCUACCAUGGGGAUUGGAAUGGCACUGAAGUUGCUGUGAAGAAAUUUUUGGACCAGGAUUUAUCUGGUGAUGCAUUGGUUCAGUUCAAAUGCGAAGCUGAAAUCAUGCUAAGAUUAAGACAUCCUAACGUUGUUCUGUUCAUGGGAGCAGUUACUCGCCCCCCACACUUAUCAAUACUGACGGAGUUCUUGCCCAGGGGGAGUUUGUAUAGGUUACUGCAUCGUCCCCAUUCUCAAGUUGAUGAAAAGAGGCGUAUGCGAAUGGCUAUUGAUGUGGCCAAGGGAAUGAAUUACUUGCAUACAAGCCAUCCUACCAUCGUGCAUCGAGAUUUAAAGUCUCCUAAUCUCCUUGUUGAUAAAAACUGGAAUGUUAAGGUCUGUGAUUUUGGAUUGUCUCGUAUCAAGCACCACACUUUUCUGUCUUCAAAGUCUACUGCUGGAACGCCUGAAUGGAUGGCACCUGAAGUUCUGAGAAAUGAGCCAGCAAAUGAGAAAUGUGAUAUAUACAGCUUUGGUGUGAUACUAUGGGAGUUGGCUACAUGUCAAAUCCCUUGGAAAGGCUUAAACCCAAUGCAGGUUGUGGGAGCUGUUGGAUUCCAAAAUCGACAUCUUGAAAUUACAGAGGACAUUGAUCCAGCCAUCGCCCAGAUAAUACGUGAUUGUUGGCAAUUGGAGCCAAAUUUACGACCCACUUUCGCAGAGCUUAUAUCCCGUCUUCUUCAUCAUGUUCAACAUCUACUUGUUGAAACAACAAAUUAUAGAAACCAAACAGCAGACUGACUGGAACAAUGCUUCCUCAAUGAUAGUUUGAGCUGUGUUUUGGCUCGAAGAGCUGGAGCAGCAGCAAGUUUUUUCAUUUGAUUUAAGUAGAUAAUACGGACUGGGAAGUGUUGGUUCAUUCAAAGUGGGGACUCAGCACAGGCCCUUUCAUUGAUCACACAGUGGAGAUCCUCCCAAGUUAAAAAAAAAACUGCAAUAUAAGUGCAGUGGAGGAUUCCACGGAAAGUUUAAAUAGGCAAUGUCUUGUAAGAAAUGAAAAAAAGAACAAAAAGAACAAAAAAAAUUAACCAUUCAACUAA